AUGGACGAGUCUGCGCCCAAGCGUCGACGCGUCUCGUCGGGCAUCGCAGCCGCCCGCACAUCAGGCCAAGGCGCAACCCCAGAAGCCUCAGGCUCACGACGCGCGCGGCCGUCUUUUGCAUCGCCGACCAAGGCCAGCCUCUCGCGCCAUAAUCCCGAGAUUCUCGAAAAGAGACGCUCUGCUUCCCCAGCGAAGCCGCCGGCAAGACGUGCCAGCGACGCCGGAAGCGACCAGAGCCUGUCUGACAUACUGACUGCGCGCCCCGACACGACGGCCGACAAUGUCGCCGUCAGCGAGCCAGACCGGAGCUACAAUGAGAUGCGCCAGGGCGAGGCUGGGCCCAGCUCGGGACGAUCCGUGAGGACGGUCAGGGGUGGUCUGGCGGCGGCUCCGAGGCGGUCGCCCGCCAAACCGCAGCCGAGGCCGCUGCCGCCGCCCGCAGCCGAGGGAGAGGAUGAGCUGAACCCAUUCAUCGGGCAUACGCUGCGUCGAUCUCCGAAUACGGGCGUGUCCAUACCACCCCCGCCAGAGCCCGAACUCCCACCCGCAGUCCCCGAUGCCUUGUCGUCCACUCCGCCCAGAGGAAUCCACAGCAGUCCGUCACGGCCCCCGCCGGAACCAAGCAAAAAGCCUGGCGCCGUGGCCCGGGAUCGCCACCGAACAACUGCGCGCAGCCAAAAGCCGCCUCGCGAUCUUGCCUUGGACCCAACGACGAAUCACGCCCGCCAAGUUCCUGCUUUCAACCCGCUUGCGGCGAGAUUGAAGGAGCGAGAUGGACUGCGAGAGGAAAUCGCAAGGCUGAGAAGCGACUUGAAGACGGCGAGCGAGGAGAAUGAGCGCCUGCGGCUGAUGCAGACCUCCGGGCGCAUUGUCGCCCCGACCAACGAAGAGGGCGUAGUGGACUUGCUGCACCGCUGUCUCGUUUCCCAGCAAGAGGCACCCCGAUCGGCUUUGUCUCAUCAACUGAUGCAGGCAGUGCUCAAUCCCAUGGGCCUUCUUCCAUUCGGCCGACUCUCACUGGCUGCGGCACCGCCUGCGGCAGCCGACCAGGAGGAUCUGGAAAGCAUCAAGUCUCACCACCCAGUGUCCAUGACUGCUGACAAGGAGCUGCCGUACCUAGAGCUCUUUAGCCAGUUCAGCGUCAUGUCGAGUAUAGCCGUCUUGGCCCCCAAGCCAAAUCAGCCACUGCGACAGCGCCGUCUUGUCACUCUUCGGUCUCGCGAUGUGCCGGGACUCUUCACGGCAAAGCUUGAGAUAGUGGUGAAUGCCAUGAACCUCAGCAUCGUGGAACUCGCCGUGACAGCCCUCGAACCAUCUGCCAAGUACGAGCUAGAACCCUUUGCGGACAAGGUUUGCUCCGGAAGCUGCAACAGAACCAUGCAGCGAAAUGUCGGGAUUCUGUCAUGGGCAAUGGGCGAAUGGUAUCGAGUCGCAACGCUCAGAGCACAGUUUUGGUCUCGAUUGGACCGGAGCUUGGGGUCAAGAAAGAGAUUACUAGAAUCAGUUGCCGAGGCGUGGGAGGCACGGCGGCAGCGGCAGCGCGAGGGCAGCGCCGAGUUCGACGACGAUGCAAAGAAGCAAAGAGCUUGCAACAGGGCCGAUCUGAUACGUUUCCUGGGCCAGCGGUCUUUUGAGAUUGAGGUGCCUGCUGGGGCUGGUCUGGACGACACGUCCUCGCUGCGCCUGGAGUGGAAGAUUGACUUCGACUGGACGGGUGAGGCACAGAGCAAGGUUGCUGUAUUAGUUGGACUCCCAGGCAAAUGGCGCGAGGCAGAUGGACGAGGCGUCUUUGGCAGGCUUCCCACCUUGUUUGAUGACCUUGUCAGAGGUGGGCAGGAACCGGAAGAGGCUGUACGGACUGUAGCGGCGCUGCUGGCAGGAGUCCAGGUCCCUUGA